AUGAGCUCAUCGCGUGUGCAUCGUAGCCAUCAUGACCGUGGAGACGGUGCUAUGUCUUCAUAUCCACCAAGUCGCACAUCUAGAGUUUCCAAUAAUGCGCGCAAUACUCGCACCGGUCGCAGAGUAAAGCAAGAAGUGUCAGAGGAGCAAAAGAAGGAGCUUCGAGAAGCUUUUGAGCUUUUUGAUACAGACAAAGUGGGCUCGAUUGAUUAUCAUGAGCUUAAAGUCUUAAUGCGUGCUUUGGGAUUUCAAGUGUCUAAGAAAGAAGUGAUGGAUCUUGUGGAAGACGUGGACGUGCAGCGAAGUGGUCGUGUGGACUACAAUGAUUAUAUGGAGAUUAUGCGGCGAAAGGUGCUGGCAAGAGAUCCAGACGAGGAGAUUGCGCGGGCGUUCGAAUUAUUUGAUGGAGAUGGAUCGGGUGCAAUCACUUUACGCAAAAUGCGUAAAGUAGCGAAAGAACUGGGUGAAAAUCUUGACGACGAUGAGCUCCAGGCGAUGAUUGACGAGUUUGAUCAGAAUCAAGAUGGGGCAAUUGAUAUGGACGAAUUUUUCAUGAUAAUGAAGCAAAGUGCCGAGUUUUGA